CAUACAGCUCUGCUCGCUCAGUUUGACCCGGACUUCAAAGCGAAAAGGAGCCCAAACCUCUACCCCUACGCGUACGACAUUUUACCUCUCUUGAUUGGUGUUUUGAGAGAAAAAAACGUGAAUGAACAGAUACUCGCGUUGUCCAGACAACGGUAGAGUUGCGGGAGCACAGCCAAAGACGAUGGUCCACUGUGCUGGGUGCGAAAGGCCUAUAUUGGACAGGUUUCUCCUCAAUGUGUUGGACAGAGCAUGGCACGUCAAGUGCGUACAAUGCUGCGAGUGCAAGUGUAAUCUAACAGAGAAAUGCUUUUCUCGAGAGGGGAAACUCUACUGCAAAAACGACUUUUUUAGACGGUUUGGGACGAAGUGCGCGGGCUGUGCUCAGGGGAUCUCGCCAAAUGACUUGGUCCGGAGGGCGCGGAGCAAGGUGUUUCACCUGAACUGUUUCACCUGCAUGAUGUGCAACAAGCAGCUCUCCACGGGAGAGGAACUGUACAUCAUAGACGAGAACAAAUUUGUCUGCAAAGAAGAUUAUUUAAGCAACUCCAAUGGAAAAGACGCAAACCUCUUAUCAGUAACCGCCUGCAGUGAUCCAAGUUUAUCUCCAGAUUCUCAAGACCAGCUACAAGAUGAUGUAAAAGACUCUGAAAUUGCCAAUUUGUCGGACAAAGAAGCGGUUAAUAAUGAGAAUGACGACCAGAAUCUUGGAGGGAAAAGACGGGGACCACGCACCACAAUUAAAGCCAAGCAACUGGAGACUCUGAAAGCAGCGUUCGCUGCAACACCCAAACCAACAAGACACAUCAGGGAGCAACUAGCGCAAGAAACUGGCCUCAACAUGCGAGUCAUUCAGGUAUGGUUCCAGAACCGACGGUCCAAAGAGAGGAGAAUGAAGCAACUGAGUGCCCUUGGCGCAAGGAGGCACGCUUUCUUCCGAAGUCCGAGGAGAAUGAGGACGCUAGUGGACCGGCUUGAACCCGGAGAGCUUAUUCCUAACGGACCGUUUUCUUACUAUGGAGAUUAUCAGAGUGACUACUACGGCCCUGGUGGGAACUACGACUUCUUCCCGCAGGGGCCCCCAUCCUCCCAGGCCCAGACCCCAGUGGACCUCCCAUUCGUGCCGUCAUCGGGCCCCACUGGAACUCCCCUCGGGGGCAUGGACCAUCCUAUUCCGGGCCACCAUCCGUCCAGUGAAGUCCAGCGGUUCUCCGACAUCAUGUCCCACCACCCGGGCGACUCGCCCAGCCCCGAACCCGGCAUCCCGGGCCCGCUGCACAGCAUGUCGUCGGACGUGUUCGGUCCCAGCCCGUCCUUUACCUCGCUCUCGCUCAAUGGAAGCGGAUACAACAACCACCUGUCACAUCCCCCCUCAGAAAUGAAUGAAGGAACUGUUUGGUAGCUGCCUCCCUCUCUUCAUCAAAAACAAACAUGGACAAACCCAGUGGAGGGAUAAAGGAGUUUGGGACAACAGAAAUAAGGGGGGAGGGAGUUUCUUUUGGGCAUCCAUAUUUAUUGUUUUUCAAAUUUCAAUUUUUCUUUUUUGCUUUUUUUUUUUGGUGAGAGAUAUUCUAAGAAAGUGAAGUCAACAGACGCCAGUGUGGUCAUAAACGUUUGUCUCGAUAUUGUGUUUAUAUCCAGUUGCUUCAUACAUUUUUGUUUCCUUUUUCGUAAUCAGAACAUGGACGCAACCACAGAAAAGACUGAUUUGUGACUGUUGUUGGCCCCUUUGGGGCUCUCGGCCCCCCCGGCUCUGUCCUGGUAAAGACCCCAGCGAGAGGCCUAGCACAGCGUUGUCCCUCCAGUAACACUCCAUGCAUCAACAGGAAAAAAAAAAAAACACAAAACAACAUCACUUGGAGAACAACACUCUGGACUUGAGAAAAAAGAACAACAACAACACACCAUUAGCUUCUGUCAAAGACUCGACAGCUUUACGGAGCAACACCUACGAUGGUUGGCGUUGUGCUCACCGGUGAUGUAGGCCCCCAAGAUAGAAGGAAGCCGUCAGACUUAGUGUACUUAUUUGAAAACUCCUCAGACCUCUACGCCUCCAAAGGCUCUGCCAUAUUGACACUUAAACAAUCUUUUUUGACGCUAAAUAUGUUUCUGAAG